UACGCAAAUCUAAAACGAAGUUUCCCCCAGUAGCAGCAACUCGGUUGACAGCGUUUAGCUUGUCUAGUUCACUUUCAAUAUCUAUCUAGUUAGCAAAGUCAGGACGGUUCUGACAGCGAGGUAUCGCCGACGAACAGCCGCUACUGUAACGGACUGAAGAGCAUCAUGUCCGCGUCCAGAGGUUCCCGAUAAACGGUAAUCAAAGCCGAUGGCUAACCGCUAACAGCUAGCAUAGCUAUCUCACCGGCACAGGCGGACCUCUUUGUCUGACAGGGGAAGGCGUGCUCUUUUGUUCGGCUUUUUCCCUUUGUCCAGCGGGUAAAGGGGAACUGUUGGGUCAGGGUUUCGCCAUUAUCCGCCGUCCUGAACGUGUUUGGAAAAUGCAAAAGGCGAAAAAGUAUUUCACAGAAGGCCUGAUUCAGUUAACGAUCUUGCUCAGUUUGAUUGGAGUUCGCGUGGACAUCGACAGCUACUUAAGCGGCUACUACACGCCUCUGAUAGAGAUUAACUUGGGUCCGAGCUCAGCCUACACACAGACACCCUUCCACAGCCUGAGAGACACUCUUGACGGAUACAGUGUGCACCCAAAAUGUCCCGAGUUGGACUAUUUCUUUGCAAGCCGCCGGCUGCUAGACGAGGUGAGGACCCUCGGCUCGCCGCGGUUCCCCACACAGUUGGACGCAUGGCUGGUGCACCAAGUGGCCUCCACUGACCAGGCAGACUGCGGGCCCUCGACCAACAACACCACCAGCUCUGGGUCACAAAGCUCCGGCGACGAUGACCGCGAGCACCUGCCCGACGGGGGCCAAGAGGUGUCCCAUACAACCUCUGAACCCGGACGUGGGCCUUGUAGCCCUGGAGCCUGUGGGUUUCUUAAAGAGGAAAAUGAUGUUAAAAUUAAAGAGGAGGAAGAACCUGCCCUGCUCACUCAGCUGGCUCACAGUUCAACCCUGGAACAAGAGAGUCUGCUCGACGGUGUCACUGCACUGUCUGACCCAGCAAGCCACCAUCCUCCAACAAUUGAUAUUGACCAGCACUGGAGCAAUUUGCUCUCUCUGUCUGUCACUGACCUUGAUGACUUGGACUCUCUUGUUACGGACACUGACAUCACAAGCGCCAUCAGCCAGGAUGUCAGUUUGCAUGAUGCCAUGGUGACCACGGCUGGAGCCUUUGGUGUGGCAUCGGAGAGAGGGGAGCCCCGACCCGUCACCCAACAAAGAGCCCUCCUCCGACUAGAAUCCACUGGCUCCUCACCCUCAGACGCAUCACCAGGGAUGGCUCUGGGCUUGGCUGCCCUCCCGUUUGCUUCAGUAUGCAAUUUAACCGGAAAUGAGUUAUCGCAUAGUGAACUCGGUGGCUGUCUUGACGAGGCGGUGUUUGACCAGAUCAAUCAGCUGGGUUUGGAAGGCCUUGACACCAUCAACUCCCAGCUGAUGGGCUGUCUCGAGAAUUUAGCCCCACAGGCCCUCGAGGACCUGGACUCUGACUCCGGGCUCUCCCUGGAGAGCAGCUCUGGAGGUCCAGUCUCCCCAGGCUCAUCCGAGAUGUCAUCAUCAUCAUCAUCCAGUUCAUACUGUGAGGAUGAAUGUGGAGCGACCGGCUACAGCAGUGAUGUGGAUUCAGUCCCCUCAAAAGGCAUUGCGGACUACACCACAGCCUGGUCACCCAUUGACCUGAGUGAGAGUGUGUGGCAUGACCACAGCUACUCCUCACCUGCUUUCUUCAACCAGCCGCCAGUAACCUUUCCCCACAAAGGUAUCAAAGAAGAGCCUCUCAGUGAAGACGAUGAUACAAUGUUGGAAGACAGGGACCUGAGUCGAGAUGAGCUGCGUGCCCGCGCCAUGUGCAUCCCGUUCUCUGUCCUGCAGAUUGUCAACAUGCCUGUGGAGGAGUUCCUGGAGGUCCUUGAUGGUCACGACUUCUCCCCUGACCAGGUCACACUCCUGAGGGACAUCCGCCGGCGAGGGAAAAAUAAAUUGGCAGCGCAAAACUGCCGCAAGCGCAAACUAGACGCCAUCACGGGGCUCCAAGAGGAGGUGGAAAGGCUGCAAGCUCAGAGAAACAGGCUACUGAGGGAGAAACAGCUUACAGCCAAGACAAUGGGUGCUGUGGGCCAGCAGAUCAAGCAACUGACCAGAGACGUCCUGGCCCGUCUGAGGGAUGAUUUAGGACAGCCACUGAACCCAGAAAGAUUUACCCUGCAGUGCGGGGCUAAUGGGAGAGUAGUAGUUCAGCCUUUAAGACGGCCUGCCGUGUCCACAUCAACAGGCAACAAAACAGACAAGAGGAAGAAGGACAAAAAGCAGUGAUGCAGUAUUGCCAGUUGAGACUUUAAGUUUUUAGGUUUUUUGAAUAUUUCUGAACUUACUUGCCUAACUCUGGUUUUGGGAUCUCCUUUUGUAAAAGUGUGUGUGGAUUCACCGCUGUUGGGAGCCAAAAUAGGCAAAAAGAAAAAGAAAAAAACCCAAACACUCUGAACAUAAUUAAAUAAAAAAAAUUCUCUGUAAAUAAAUAUCUCAUGGGAAAAUGUAGCUCACACACUGGACAUACUUUGCAAGGCACAGGCACCAGAGGCGGAUUAAGGGAACAGCUCGACUCCUGGCAACGCGACCAGUCUCUCUUUGUGCCUCUUUAACAUUAAAAUCUUCACGUCUUGUUGUUUCUACAGAUAAUUCUAGACAGACAUGUCUAAAAUUCACAUUGUGACAGUUACUGGGUAGAAAUCUAGGAGGACGAUUCUAUUCGUUUGUUUCCAUGUAAUCUUGCUUCUCAGUGUAUUCAGUUUAAGGAGAAGGUUAAAGAUUGUAUUUAUUAAAGUUUCUGAUGUUCCUGAAAUGCUCAAAUGCAUCAUGAGACUGUCAAUGGCAGUAUCUUGUUUUUUUUUUCAUAAUGGAAACUUUAUCUCAAAGUGCUAAGAAUAGUGGGACAUAACCUAAAGUUUACAGAUUUCUUUCAGAUACCUGGUGGCAUGUAGUGUGCAGCACAAAUUUAAACUGAAAUGUAAAAAAAAGAAAAGAAUUUGUUCCUUACUUUGUCUUUAUGACGCACAGUAUACCAAUGAUUAAACUGACAAGGCCUUAAUUUGCAUUUGAGAAGUGUUUUGGUUACUGUGUGCACAUGAUGCAACAGAUCUAGAUGUACACUGUUUUUUUAAAGAGGCAACCAUUUCAUGUUUAAAUUUGACUAAUAUUGACCAAUUUGUUCCAAGCACAAUUCUGCUUAACCCCUUACAUUGUAAAUUCUUGAGAAUUCUGACAAGAUUAUACUCUACCUCACACCUUAGUUGUUAUAGGUUUUGGAUAAAUAAAAACAAAAAACCUGCAUUGUUGCAGAACUAAAGUGCACUCAAACUAAGAAUCCUAUUAUACUAAAAUGGCCCUAAAUUUACCUAAACCUUCCCGUUUCUGAAAAAAAAAAAAUACAAUCACCAACUCUAUUUAAUAGGUUUGGAUGUUGCUUUUUUUUUUAUAAUUUUGAGAUUAUUUGAGAGUUUAAGUAUUUAGUAUUAUUUGCCAUGUUAUUCAUGGGAACAUUGCUUUAUACUGUCUGUUGAGCGAGUGAAAAAAAAACGCAUGAAGUAGUUAUUAGUGUGAGUUUUUUUUAAAACCCCUAGUCCCUCACAAAUUUGUAUUUAAUUUCCAGUUUUGACCCAGAGUUUACUUUGCUGUUUCAAUUAAUGCUUAGGGAAUUUCCAAAAAAUGUUUUUGCAGGCGUUGUUCUUUUUAUGAUUAAAAAAUGAUAACGUUAAA